AUGUCCCUUCCUGCUACUACUCCACCGGAAUCAGUGUUGCUUGAGGGCAGCAGUAAAGAGAGGGCCGCGGGUGAUCCGUCUCAUGAAAUAGCGACAGAACUAAUACGCAAUUUCUUCAAGUAUCUCUAUCCAGUGCCUUCUUAUGCGUUUUUGCAUCCUUCUACGACCUUGGCUAAAUACCAGAAGGGCACAUUAGAGCGACCGCUGGUUCUAGCCAUUUGUGCCUUGACCUCUUUCCACGUCGCUGGCCCCAGUUAUUUGGCUGUCGGUCGGGAGAAGAGUGAUGAAUGGGUUUCGAACGCGGAAGAGACCAUCUGGAGACGCGUGGAGCACCCAUCAAUGCCUCGUUUGCAGGCUCUGUUACUGAUUAUCGGCUAUCGAAUGGCGACGGGGGGAUAUGAAAAGGCAUUCAUGUUGACUGCAAUAGCAGCCCGCGCGGCAUCUGCCAUGGGUCUAAAUCAUGAGCACAUGGACUUGGACCCGAUUUCGGGAGAGACCAGGCGCCGCACCAUAUGGUGCUUCAAAUUACUAGAGUCAUAUUUCUCCAUCGGACUGACAGAAUUUGAACUUUGUUCAUUCGAGUGCAUCUACCUACACCCGCCCUCAAACGAAGACUCUUUUGGUUUGCUAUGUCCACCCGGCACGGAAGAUUUUGCCAUCCAUAUAUUAAGAGAUCAGAACGAACAGGGGUCGUUGAAUGUGUGCAUCUGUUUGGCAUCCAUUCGCAGGGAUAUUAUGAAACUGACCCGGGAGCUUGCUGUUUGCACCGAGCCUUAUUUGCACCUCAAAGCUGUGACUGGGGGUCUCGAGAAAGCUCUCUUGGAACUUAAAAAAGAGAUGCCAAACCAAGCAGCGAUCCCAGAGGCAGAUCUGAAGAAUUUAAUUCAGAGCCCUUGGCUACCACGUCACAUUAUGAUGGUUACCUUAUGGCAUGGGUGUUAUUUUGACCUAUAUCGUAUUUUCCUCCCUGGGUACCCUGAAGCUCCGCCUGACGUGGUGGUGAGCACCAUUGACGCGAACUUUGUUCAGACAGCGAAAAGGGCAUGUAUUGAACAUGCGGUGGCAGCUGUCACCUUGUUUUGCGACUUAGACCAGACCUGCACCGAGCCACGGCUACUUGAACUGGCUACCGGGGUGUGCGUUUACCAUGCCAUUCGAUUGAUCCUGUUUACAGCGCAUUCCUCGACUGAACCAGAUAUUAUUGAUAUCGAGUUUGCUGUGCGUCGAGCGGAGGUAUGCCUGGCAGCUAUCAAGCGGUUUUUCCAUGGGCUAGCCUUGGCACAGCCGAUCCUCAACGACAUUGCGCGAUUGAUCGAAGCAUGCUCAUCAAGUGAUUCCCCCACAGAUAGCCUUUCCGUAUUCCACCAAGUUAAUCAUGGCCGGAAGUCUGACGCACGGGUUUUGUCCGCAGCGCAGCCUCGCCAACGCUUGGCUGUCCACAGUGUCUUACAACAGGCAAGGUUCCACACGGAGGAGCCCCUCUGA